CUGAAGGUAUAAAUAGUGGGAGGCUGCGGACACUUACAGUCCUGAGGAAGCUCGUCUACGGAGCAUUGGAGUAUGGAGAAGAAGGCUGUUGGAAGUACCUCAGGGUCAGAGCUUGACUGCCCAGUUUGCUUCAACAAGUAUGAACCUUUCAUUCGUAAGCCCAAGCUCCUGGCCUGCCAGCACUGUUUCUGUGCAAUCUGCCUGAAGAUCAUGGUGUCACUUAAGGAUGGAUCUUGGGUGGUCUCCUGCCCGCUCUGCAGGCGCUGCACGCUGGUGCCGGAUGCAUUGAUCAGCAGCCUCCCGGACAGUAGCGGCCUGAUGGAGGUCCUGCCCAGAAGGAUGUCCGCCUUCCCGGAAUCGGUGCCUGAGGUUGUCCUGUUGCCACACUUGCUACAGCAGUCCCAGCCCAGCACUUUCACCCUGCUCGCCCACAUCAGCGACUCCAGCAGCUCUGCAGACGGUGAAGAUGAACACUUCAGGGAUCGGGUGACCACCUCUGCCAUCAGGCGCUUUCUGGUGACCAUGCUCUUUUUCCUGAUCCUCUUGUAUGGACUUCAAUAUUUCUUCAAGAACUCUACACUGAUCUGGAUCCUUGUCAUAAUGACUGUUGUGUGUGCAUUGGCAGGGCUGGUCCUCCUAUACUUCACAUGUCAGAACACCAGGAGCGGGGAGACCAGGAGAUCCUGGAAUCUCCUGACCUUUCUCUCAGGCCACUGAUCCACCUUGUUCGCAAGUCAACGUUCAUCCUUUCAAAACCAUGUCAUGCGUGUUUAUUGAACAGUAAUUGGAUUUUUGGUGGGAUUGUCACCUAUGAAUACCUGGCCAAGGGUUCAAAAGUAGAAUCGAAGUGCUUCUCUGAAGACAGCCAUUCGACUCAGUGAGACUGGGCUGGCUUUCAAAGAUGAACACCCCAUCUCUCUCCCCACAUUCCUAUAUUUCUGUCUCCUUCAAGGGUUUAUUGAUAUUUCACUGAGGUAAAUAUGUAACUGUCGUACGAACUGCAAAUUUUAAGUUUAGACAGAGUAUUAAUGUUAGUAAUGACUCCUAUAAUUGAGGAUGGUACCCAGUGUAGUUGUGAGGGGCCCACCAAUUGCCAUUCUUAACAAAAGGGGCUGCCCGGAGUCCAGGUUUCAUGAGCUCAAAUUCCAGGUUGAAAUUGAGAUCGAAGUCAGCCACCUCGCCCAUUUUCCAUUACACGAUGAACUUUGUUCAAGGUAGUAUUGCAAAACAUUAUGUACCAAUUACAGAACCCUAGGUCAGCUUUUAAUGAAUGUUUAUAGUCUUAAAUGUUGCUAUGUACAAAAAGCACUAAUAAAUAGAUUAUUUUUAAAUUUUUGGCUUUGCUUUGGAUAUAUCGCACGUAUUUAGAAAUUAUCCAAAAUGCUGUGCUCUGUGUGUUUUGAACUAUUACAACUGAAAGCUACAUAGUAAAAUGUUGCCUCCAUUGAUAUUGAAGUCUCAGUCGAGUAGCUGUACACAAACCUCCACCCAUCCUCUUCAGUGAAUCCUGCCCCUUUGUUUGGCUUCCCUUCCCUUUAAUCUGUUCAUCUAACUCCCCCCGUGAGUGGAUUUCUGCUGUUCACCUCUCAUUCCCGUCUGAGAGAUCUUGUGCUGCUGUGUUAGUAAACACUUUGCCUGUUUCUUGCUGCUGCACUGUUGCCUCGGGCAUCCCUAAGGAUCUCUCCUGGUUCUCACUUGAUGCUACCUGCUCAGCAAAGCCAUUCAAAAAUGCCCCUGAGUUUCAAUGCAGCUCUCUCAACCCUCUUCUCUGAAACCCACCAGUACUGCAAACAGCAUUAUGAAGGACCCCACACACCCCUCAUACAAACUCUUCUCCCUCCUGCUGUCUGGGAAAAGGCUCCGAAGCACUCGGGCUCUCACGAACAGACUAUGUAACAGUUUCUUCCCCCAAGCUAUCAGACCCCUCAAUACCCAGAGCCUGGACUGACACCUUGCCCUAUUGUCUUGUUUAUUAUUUAUUGUAAUGCCUGCACUGUUUUGUGCACUUUAUGCAGUCCGGUGUAGGUCUGUAGUCUAGUGUAGUUUUCUCUGUGUUUUUUUUUACGUAGUUCAGUCUAGUUUUUGUACUGUGUCGUGUAACACCAUGGUCCUGAAAAAACAUUGUCUCAUUUUUACUAUGUACUAUACCAGCAAUUAUGGUCGAAAUGACAAUAAAAGUGACAACUUGACUUGA